AAGAAAAUUAGUAAAAAGAAGAAAGGCCGACACAACGACUACGAAGCGUGUGUGUUAAUUUUUUGUAUUAUAUUUUUUUUGUGUGUGUUACAAAAGGAAGAUUUUAUUUAAAGGCUAUCGAAGAAAAAAUAAAGUUUAAACAAAAUUAAAUAGUUGAAGAGGGAGAGAAAAAACGAAGAAAUUGUCCUUCAGCUAAACUAAAGGAAUUUCAAUGGAAAUCAGCUAGAUUUAUUUAAGUUUUUUCAUAAAUUUUAUAUCGAAGAAGUACGCUGGUGUGGAUCAUAAAAUUAAAAAAAAAGAAAAUAUACUACAUGGUUGCAGACGAAUAAUAAAGUAUUUUGACAUUACAAAAUCUUUCUUUAAUCUGCACAAAAAAAAAAAUUAACGUCGUCGUCAACAACACUGCCAGUUUAACAGCAAUUCUAUUGCCUGGCUUAACGGCAACAUUGAUUAAUAAAUUAUAACAACAGAAGAAGAAGCGGUCGCAGGCAUUGUAUUAUCAACUCAAAUAUAUAUCAAAAAUAUUGAAAGUGUACGCAAAGCAACGCAUGCAAGUACAAGUACUUCAAAUCUGUGCUUGUGUGUAAAAUUGAAAACGAACUACAUAUAUAUAUAGAUAUAUAUAUAUACGCAAGUACGCACACAGAUCUAUCAUAUAUAUAUAUAUAAAUAUACAUAAUAUAUAUAUAUAUAUAUAGGCAUACAUGUGUUAAAUGUUAGUCAAAAAUUCUUCGUUUCUUUUAUAUUGAGUAUAUUUUCUCCACACUACACGUACGCAAGGUGCAGUCAGAGUUCUGUGUUGGUAUUAGUUGCAAACACUAGCAAACAAACAAACACAUCCACUAACUAAUACCUUUACGAAAAGAAACAGGAAAAUUUCUUUUUAAAGGGAGAGAAAGAGAGAGAGAUACAUUUUCUCAAUUACGAAACGCCGCAAAUCAGCGCCAAAAAUUAUUAAAAUCCAGUAAAACAAAAUAAUAGUAAUAAAAAAGAAAAAAGUUAUAUAAACUAACAACACUAAGAGACGCAACAACAUCGUUAAUAAUUUUAAAAAACAAUCAUAAUGGAAAAAAGAAUAGAAUUGGAAAGACGUGCUCGUAAAGCAAAUCAGAUAACGGACUUAAAUUUGGAUAAUUGCCGAAGUACAAGUAUUGUAGGCCUUACAGAUGAAUAUACCGCUUUGGAAUCAUUAAGUUUAAUUAAUGUUGGUUUAACCACAUUAAAAGGUUUCCCUAAAUUGCCUAAUCUCAAGAAAUUGGAAUUAUCCGAUAACAGAAUAUCAAAUGGCCUCAAUUAUUUACAUACCAGCCCCAAAUUGCAAUAUAUAAAUUUAUCGGGUAAUAAAAUUAAAGAUUUGGAAGCCUUGAAACCAUUGAAAGAAUUUAAACAAUUGACGGUGUUGGAUUUAUUUAACAAUGAAGCGACACAAUCCGAUAACUAUCGAGAGAAAAUCUUUGAAAUGUUACCUUCAUUGAAAUUCUUAGAUGGUUUUGACAUUCAUGAUGUGGAAGCCACUUCUGAAGGUGAUGAUGAUGAGGAGAAUGGCAAUUAUUCCGAAGAUGAUGAUAAACUUACUGCAUUUUGUUUAAAUGGUUUAGAAAUUGAUUUGGAUGAAUUGGAAGCAUUUGAGAAACAAUUACAAGUUAAACGGGCUUCAACCAAUAGUUCUUCUGGUGUACCUGCGACCUCUACUCAGAAGCAACCAGAAGUUGAUGAUGAUUUAGAUGAAUAUCUAAAAAAAUUGAAAUUAAAAGAAGAGCAAAUAGCUGAGCAACCAACAACUGUUUCUCCUUCUAAUACCGUUAAUACUUCUGUUGAAUCUGCUCGUCCUAUGAAUGUUGCUUUUUUAAUGUAUUGGUUUUUAGCUAUUUUAAAUUUAGCCAAUGCCGUGUUUUAUUCCGAAAGCGGUGAUACUGGAGAUGAUGACGAGCAUAGCGACGAUGAUUUCAGUGAUGAUGAAGAUAACGGUGAUGUUUCCUUAAGCCAGGUUUAUAAUGAUGACCUCGAAGAAGAUGAAGAUGAAUGGGAUGAAGAGAAUGCUGAAGAUGAUGACGAUGAUGAUUAUAGCGACGAUGAUGAAGCUAAUGAAUCAUCGGCCGCCGCUGGUGCAGUGGCAGCAGCAACAGCAAAUAAGGCAGAAAACAAAAAGGAUGAAGCAAACAAUGCUUCAGGUGAGUACUUGUGUUAACAUUUAUUGAUAGCC